AUGCCCUAUACCCCCAGUUCCCUCCCACACAACCUUAUGGUCCAAGAUGUUCUUGGGCCUGGGGCCACAGUGAACAGAUCUACCUGUCAGACCACACUAUCGCCUCCAAACCAGGAGGACAGGAAGAUGGGGCCAGCCCCAGACCCUGGCAGCACCUCAGCCCCAACUGGCACCACUUCUGAGUCUGGCCUUAUUCCAGACAUCAUUGCUAGGAUCCCCUGGCCCCGAUGGGCGCUCGUUGCUGUUGCUGUAGUGGCCGGCAUCCUCCUGGUCUCCUGUCUGCUCUGCAUGGCCUGCUGCUGUUGUCGCCACCGUCACCAACGCCGCAGGAAGCAGCCCAAAGACAAGGAGGUGGUGGACCUGGGCAGCGCCCCUAGCAGCACCACCGCUCACCAGGUGCAGCCAGCUGUGGACAGCCUGGAGUCCUGUUCUGGGGGAUCCCGGCAGUGGGGACGCCUGCUGCUGUCACUGGGCUACGACUGUGGAAGCCAGGAGAUCAAGGUGGGCCUGAGGCAGGCCGUAGACCUGAAAGCCGAGGGCACGGCCGACCCCUAUGCCUGCGUCAGCAUCUCCUACCAGGCCGGGCAAAGGCAUGAGACAAAGGUGCACCGUGGGACGCUCAGUCCUGUGUUUGAGGAGACUUGCUGCUUCCCCAUCCCGCAGGCGGAACUACCCAAAGCCACCCUGCAGGUGCGACUACUGGACUUCAAGCGCUUCUCAGAGCACGAGCCUCUGGGGGAGCUGCAGCUACCGCUGGGCACCAUGGAUCCUCAGCACGUCCUGGAGAGCUGGUACCAGCUGGGUCCGCCAGCUACUGCUGAGCCCGAGACAGCUGGGGAGCUGUGCUUUUCCCUGCGGUACGUGCCCAGCUCGGGUCGCCUGACUGUGGUGGUGCUAGAGGCCCGGGGCCUGAGCCCGGGGCUGGCAGAGCCUUAUGUGAAAGUCCAACUCAUGCGGAACCAGAGAAAGUGGAAGAAAAGAAAAACAUCCUCGAAGAAGGGCGCAUCUGCCCCCUACUUCAACGAGGCCUUCACCUUCCUGGUUCCCUUCGGUCAGCUCCAGAGUGUGGACCUAGUGUUGGCUGUCUGGGUCCGUGGUCUGCGGCUACAGGCUGAGCCCGUGGGCAAGGUGCUGCUGGGUCCUCGGGCUUCAGGCCAGCCCCUGCAGCACUGGGCAGACAUGCUAGCCCAUGCCCGACGACCCAUCGCCCAGUGGCACCGCCUACGACCCCCCAGGGAAGUGGACCGUGCCCUGGCCCUUCAGCCCCGCCUGUGCCUGCCCAGGCCUCACUCUUGA